AUGGCCAUGCCGUUAGAUCACGCAUCUGGAAGAACUUUGAAGGUACCAGCAUUUGACGGAGAGAUGUCCUGGAACGUUUAUAAAACCCAGUUCGAAGCAGCGGCAACUAGUAACUGUUGGAACGGAAAAGAACGAGCAACAGCACUGAUACUGGCCCUGCGAGGUUCAGCAGCAGAGGUUCUUCAGACGAUUCCGGCGGAGAACCACUUCAACUAUGAAGUUCUGGUUAGCGCGUUGGAUUUACGUUAUGGUGAAGAACACAUGAAGCAGAUUUAUCGGUCUCAACUUAGAAACAGAACGCAACGAUCUGGUGAAUCCAUUCAGCAGCUGGCACAAGAUAUCGAACGGUUGACAUUGCUGUCGUAUCCAACAUCAGACCCCGAGCACAGAGACGAAACUGCCCUGGAUACGUUUAUCAAAGCCCUUCGUGAUUCCGAACUCAAGCAAUCCCUUCUCUUGUCAGAUAAACGAAAACUCAAGGAUGCCGUUGCGCACAGUCUCACUUUUGAAUCGGCAAAGCAAGCAUCAAAAAGUGACGUACGUCUACGCCAAGUACAUGAAGAAUGCUCUUGCCAGAAGGUGAUUGUGAAACGCGAACCCCAACAGCAUGGUGUACCCCAAUGCUGGAUUUGUGGCGGAAAAGGCCAUCUACGUCGUGAUUGUAAACACCGCCUAAAAGAUAACUACUGCCGAAAUUGCGCGACAAGAUGGCGCAAAAGAAGAGAAGAUGAUCCCGUAUCACGAUCGGCCCCUUCUAACGAAGGGGCGGAAAACUAA